AGAAAAUGUUGGAAAAAAAUUGUCACAAAUUGUCUUCAAAACCUGCGGUUUCCUGACUUCCGUUGGAGUCUAAGAAGAAUCCCGGAUGGAUGAAGGGAAAGGCAGAAGCCUUGACUUAGCAGAGUUAGUGUGUAAUGUAGAAAAAUUGAAGAUAUUAGCAAGACCAUUCUGGCUGUCCGCUCGAUAUGUUCAGUUUGUUUACAGUUGCCAAAACCUGAAGCAUACAUUUAGUGUAUGGGCAGUGUGCAAUCUCCUGUGUCUUAUCUUCUCAAGGGGGUUUGUAGCCAUAUUUGCCAUUAUGUUAUUUGGAGUAUUGUGUGGAUUAGGAGCUCUCCAUCAUCACAAUAACUUACUGAAGAAGAUAAUCCCAGAUGUCAGUGGUUACCAAGCAAACAGGAGACAGAUUCAGAACAAUGGGCAUCCCUCCGAUGUUGUGUCUGAAUUUCGAACAAUAUUGUUUGAGAUAGAUAGAUGUAUAUCAUUGGCUACCAAUAUAUUUGUGCAGUUUUACAGUCUUAUAAAGUGGCAAAAUCCAAGAGAUUCUAUAAGGUUCUAUAUGAUAUGCUGUGGUGUUGUAGCAGGUCUUUAUAUACUCCCAUUAAAGUUGACAGUGUUAGUGUCAAUAAAUGCUAUAUUCUUACAUAGAUCCAGUAAAGACAUUCUCAAUAUACUACACAUGAAACACAGUGCGCUAGAAGGUGUCUCAGAGCCCUCUAGUGGGGACCAACAGAGAAAUAGCAGUCCAAUAGAGUGCAGCAGCAGCAGUACCAAUUCAGUCAACCCUGUAAACAAUAUUUCCACACAAUCGGCAGUCGAUGAGGAGUUAAGGCUGAAAGUGGAAGCUGAAAUGUUACGAACCAGAAACAGUUCAAAACCAAAAUCCAAAGUAGACAUUCCAAAAAUACAGUUACAGUCUUCAGAUAGGGCCUCAUACAGUGUACUUGGAGAGGGGUCAGAAGAUGAAGAAUCCCCAGUGCAAUUCCUACAACUGAGACAAGAUCUUGAUACAUUUUCUCCAGACAGUCGUGGCUCAAAUGAAGCUGAACCUAAAUUAGGAGUUGUCAGCAAAAUAUUAGACUUGCGAAGAAGGCGACAAGAACAUGCUGCAUCGUUGCCUAGUUCAUGUUCAAGUUGCCAGGUGGCAUUCUCAGCCAUUUUAAAAAGAAGGCAUAUUUGCAGUCACUGUGGUAAUCACUUCUGUUCAAGAUGUUGUUCCCACAAGGUGCCCAGGGCAGUAUUUGGAGCCACAGCGCCUGCUGCCCAGACUGAGACCGUCCAAGUUUGCUAUGUGUGCAAUAACCUAUUGAAAGAAAGAGAACUUGUGCGUGAUUCUGUGGAAUUAUGGUACUUUAAGGAUGAGGAUGAGUUAUCCCAUCCAUAGUAUUUACCUGAAUGAAUGAGUAUAAAGGCUAGAGAUACAUGUAAAGCAGUUGUAAUUAGGUCCCUGGAAAAACAAAUUGGAGGGGAAAGUAGUCC